ACAAGCUUGUAUAACCACUAACCAGUGUCUGGUCAGAACAUCACUAUCACAUUCAGACCGCAGACCCCAACAACGACGAUCAUGGUUUCCAAGAUGAGUAUAGUUUCCCUGCUGAUAGCUUGCAUGAUCGCCUCCGCCAUGGCCCAGAGAUCGCCCUACGCCGGAGCUUCCGAUCCUGGGGUACUUCCCCAGUAUCUUCCUAAAGACGAGAACAACCGUUUUGGCGCUGACAGUGCCCCCCUGAACCCCGGCACCCCAGCACCCGCUCUACACCCUGGCACAUUGGAGACUGAAGCUCUCUACAACCGAGUGCAGAGCUGGCCUGACGACAAAAAACCUUUCUGGUUCCUCAACUCACAAGCGCUCGAUGCUCAGAGAAAGAAACAACAACAACAACAAGCUCAACUAGAAGCAACAAAGAACCGUCAGUCGCCUUUCGCUGCUGGAUCCAAGAGGAAGACAAACUAACAAAAGAAACAUUUUUAUGAUGGACGCUUUUUAUAACUGUGAUAUUUUAAUUAGGCUCAUUAGUUUUGAUAGAUUUGUUGAAACAGUAAAACAUCUUUGAUGAAAUUAUCACUUAUGUAGUUAGAUAAUUUAAAUAAAACAAUCUUGACUCAUUUUCAUUACCAAUCAUGCUCACUGUAAACCAUUACUUGUGGCAAUGUUUCACAUUAUUCAUAUUAAUUAUUGUUGCUAAAAUAACUGCACCAAAUUGGUGCGGUGUUUUUGCAAAUAAAUAGCCUGAACAAGUUACUGGGUAACUUGAAGUAUUGUAAAAAAAUAAAUAAAUAAAAUUUAACUAAACAUAUCUUUUUUUUUUUAAUAAUGAUUUAUACAGAGUGGAAUGUAUUUUCAUUAGGUAGGUACUUUUAUGUAGUCAGAUGAUGUAAAAAUGAUAAAAGUGAGAAUCGUGUAUGUUGCAUGUGAAAAUCCUCAAUUCAUAAAGUAUAUCAGUACAAGUAUUUAUUGAUUGUAUAUAUAAAUAUAACAUUGUGUAUUA